CAACACCACCGGUGUUCAACGCAUAUACAAAACGGAUCCUAUUCCCAACAGGAAACGACCAUGUCCCAAGAUGAUAACCCCGGGAAAGAAACACAUGAUGGCCCCUUCCCCUGGGACCUGGGUGUCUACGAUGUCCACUGCCACCCAACAGAUACCAUGGCCUCGAUCGCCGAGAUUCCGCAGAUGAAAACGAGGACGCUCACGGUUAUGUCUACGCGCGGGGAAGACCAGGAUCUUGUAUUCGAUAUCGCAACAAAGUUCCCAAAAGAGGAAAAGUGCAAAAAUGGGGGAAAUGAGGGUCGCAUCCUCCCAUGCUUCGGCUGGCAUCCAUGGUUCUCAUAUCAAAUCCUCGACGACUCAAACACACCAUCACCGUCAACAACCGAGACCGGCGAAGAUCUCAAAAAAGCACACUACCAAAAAGUCCUCACCCCGUCUCCCAAAAACGAUGACAUUGGCAACCAUUUCAUUGCAUCAUUACCACCCCCCAAACCCCUCUCCAACCUCAUAACUCAAACCCGCACCCGCCUAACAACCCACCCAACCGCCCUAGUCGGCGAAAUUGGCCUCGACCGCGCCUUCCGCCUCCCAAAUCCCUGGACAACCCAGGACCUUGAAACCCGCGAUACAACUGUGACACCUGGGUCACGGGAGGGAAGAAAACUGUCUCCACACCGGGUACAUUUGGAACAUCAGAGGGUCGUGCUGAGAGCUCAGUUGCGGUUGGCGGGGGAGAUGGGAAGGGCGGUGUCUGUGCAUAGUGUGCAGGCACAUGGGGCUGUGUUUGAUGCGUUUAAGGAACUAUGGAAGGGAUAUGAGAGAAGGGUUCCGAGUAGGAAGGAAAGGAGGAGGAGGGAGAGUGUUGCUGGGGCGCAUGAACAGAGUGAUGAGGAAGAUGCUACGAGGAAGGCAUCUAAUUCAGAAGAGGAAAGGAAGCCAACGUUUCCCUUCCCACCGCGCAUUUGCAUGCACUCCUACUCCGGCCCCGUGGAAGCAGUCAAGCAAUUCUUGCACCCAGCUAAUCCAUCAGACGUCUAUUUCUCUUUCUCAAAUGUGAUUAAUUUCUCUGCGCCGGGGGCGCAGAAGGCGAUUGAUGUUGUUAAGGCGUUGCCUGAUGAUAGGGUCCUUGUAGAGAGUGAUUUGCAUACGGCAGGGCCAGUGAUGGAUGGGCUAUUGGAGGAUGUUGUGAGGAGGGUUUGUGAGAUUCGAGGGUGGGGCUUGGAGGAGGGGGUAAAGAGAUUGGGGGAGAAUUGGGGGAGGUUUGCUUAUGGGUAGGAUUUGUUGCAUUUUAUUCUCAGAGCUUGUAUUUAUGAGGGCAUUGCAUAUUAGAUGUACUUUUAGCAUGGCAUCAGCCGCUAAUUGAGUUACCAUUGGAUGUAUCUAAAGCCAAAGCUUUACCUCGAAAUUAACAAAGACAUAACAUUCAUAAAACCAGUUCUGCAAAGCCUCAUCUGCCGUCGAAAUGCUAUAAAUGUAAACGGUGCAUGUGGUAUGGUAACAGAAAAGUCCAUACGACCAAGACCUAAUGCGUUAUUAUCAUUAAAAGUAAUCAAAAGCAAGAGUAAACAAAGUCAACCAUGCAUCCAUCCC